AUGAAAGAUGUUCAACCCCUGAGGGUUGAUGAUGGUUUGUCAGACAGCAGCAUCCAGCACAUCCAGCAAUUUUUGGAGCGGGUUCCUCUUGACUCAGCAACUUCCUGUUUGGAAGCUGCUAUUUCAGCAGCCACGCCGAUGGAUGCGGUGUUGAUGUCACACGUGGCCGAACAUUUUGCCAAGCUUCCUCAUUGCCUCAAUGAGCUGAUGUCAAAGUCUGAGGCUGAGACUCGCUGUGCCCAAAGAUGGUACAAGAUUGCAAUUCAUGUGCUGAAAGUGAACGAUUUGCACAAUGAUGCCGAGUCCAUGUGGCGUCGUGCCAAGGCUCUUAAACAUAGUGAUGGACGGGCUCUCAUUGGUUGGCCAAGUCCGUCACAGUCCCCCACUAUAUGGGUUUCUGAUUUGCCGAGUCGGCCCUUUUGGAACUGUUCCCUCUGGCCAUUCAUGAAGGCCCUGGAGGAUUCCGCACAACUCAUACUGGAAGAGGUUGCGCGCAUGGACUCCGAGUUCCUGACAGCCUAUCCAUACUUGAAGACUGCAGGAGUCUGGCAAGACUUUUUCCUAUAUCGAGGUCACCGGUGGAACGCGACACUCUGCGAGCUCAUGCCGCGCACUUGUCACCUUCUGCUUCCGGAGCUGCCGACACGCCCUGGUACCCCCUAUGUCACCGUCUACAAUGAGGAAGUUGUGAUUUUUCGAUCAAAGCCUGGAGCCGCGGUGGGAGCACACUGCGGAUCAUCAAAUGCAGUGAUCAAUUUGCACCUGACUCUGAAGGGAGGCCGUGGAACCUCGAUAUCUGUGGACGGCAUAAAAGCUGACCUGCACGAUGGCACAGCGAUCUGCUUUCAGGACAGCUAUUUCCACGCAGUGAAUCAUGGCCUGGACGGUGAGGAAGAGCGCAUCUCCCUAGUCCUCCGGGUGAUGCAUCCAGGCUUAAGUUUGGAUUUGCUGAGCGGCGUUGGCCGUACAGAUGAUGUGCGAGACCUCGAAGCCUGGGACAGAAGUGCCAGCCUCUUGCAGGAGGUUGAGCGCCUCAGAGCAGAGUAUCGAAGGCUCGCAGCCUCCGUCAAAAAGAAGGAAGCCUUGAGCUCCGAGUCCUGCCAGACUUGA